AUGGAUUUUCUUGGUGGUAACGUAUUGCCCGCGAGUCCGGAAACCCGAAUCUAUCUUGCCGGAGUAGGUGUGGUCCUCGUCGUGGGACUGUGCUUCUCAACACUAUCUACGAAGAAAGCCAAGGACGAUCAGAACCCGACUCUCCUUCAGUCAUUAUGGCUGUUCUUCUACUCCUGCUUCCUCAAGCCCCACAAUGGCGAUGCCAAGGGAACACAACAAGAUGCCCUUGAGAGCUUCUACAAGACGCAGGCCGGCGCCUACGAUGCCACCAGGAAGGCUCUCCUCAAGGGCCGCGAGGACAUGCUAGCUCUCGCUGCUGCUCAACUCGUGUUUAAGGCCAAAAAGGACGGUGCGGUUUCGAAUGAGACCAGACGCAUCUGGGUUGAUGUCGGCGGUGGCACAGGCUGGAACAUAGAGACCAUGUCCAGGUUUGUGGACGUGCCCAACUUCUUCGACAGUGUCUAUCUUGUCGACUUUUCGCCGUCGCUCUGUGAGGUUGCUCGCAAGCGGUUUGACAGACUUGGCUGGAGGAAUGUCAAGGUUAUCUGCCAGGACGCGAGAAAGUUCCGCCUUGACCAAUACGAACCAGUCAGCCCAGGGUGUCGCUCGUGGUCGCCGAGCAUGGGCUACUUCACAGAGGACGGCCCCAAGCAUGGCGGCGCCAGCUUGAUAACUAUGUCCUAUAGCCUGUCUAUGAUUCCUGACUACUAUUCUGUCAUUGACGCGCUUCCGUCUCUCCUGGCUCCUGACGGCAUCAUCAGUGUCGUGGACUUCUACGUGCAGUCUGAGGUGGAUGUCAGCUUCCGGAACUAUACUGGCGGUCUUAUUGACCGUCAUGUCAACUUCUUGGGGAGGACGUUCUGGCGCGCGUGGUUCGAUAUAGACAGAGUCGCUUUGGAGCCAGGCAGACGAGACUUUCUUGAGUACCGCUUCGGCACAGUCCUCAAUGUCAACGCUCGCAACAACAUUCUGGGAGCUAUUCCCUACUAUAUCUGGCUGGGCACUCACAAGCGCCCGGUCUCGCCGAGCCUCCCGCACGACGUCGUGGAAAAGGUUGAUGCGCUGGUCACGGAGUCGCCCUAUCUACAUCCGGCCAACCACUCAGCCGCUCUCUCGCGCGCAGUCGAGAAAGCUGCACCAGAGAUCCGAUCCAAGGCUUUCGACGCAGCGAUCGUCAACCUCUCCUCUAACCUGCCGCUUCCGUCUUCCUUCUACCAGAACCACCACUACCGCAUCUACUAUGACGAUCAGCUCAAGAAGCAUACCCAGUUCAACGACGAGUACAUCUACGCCUUUACCUGGGAAGACACCCGCGUCGACGAACGCAUCCUGAAGCUAAAGCCCGACGAUGUGGUUCUCGCCAUCACAAGUGCCGGCGACAACAUCUUGUCCUACGCGCUCCAGAGCCCAGCUCGAAUCCAUGCUGUCGAUCUGAACCCGACUCAGAACCACUUGCUCGAGCUCAAGAUAGCUGCAUAUUCGUCGUUGCAAUACGAAGACUUCUGGAAGAUCUUUGGCGAGGGAAAGCACCCCGACUUCCGCUCCUUGCUCAUCUCCAAGAUGUCGCCUCACCUGUCGAGCCGCGCUUUCCAGUACUGGCUCAGCAACCACCACAUCUUCACCAAGAGCCAAGGCGGGCUUUACGACACCGGCGGCUCGAAGCACGGUAUCCGUAUCUUCCGCUGGAUCACUCGGGUAUUCGGGUGCCGCUCCGCCGUCAAGGAUCUGCUCACCGCGAAGACCCUCAACGAGCAGAGAGAGAUCUGGCGCACCCGGAUCCGACCCGCCCUCCUCUCCCGGCUCGUCUCCAAAUUCGUCGUCAGCCAAGAAUCAUUCCUCUGGACCGCCCUCGGCGUGCCGAAGAACCAACUAGCCAUCAUCGAGCAAGAUCACGCCCUCUCCGACGCCGUACGCGGCCCGAACGCGACAGCCAAGAACACGCGCUCGCACGCCAUCUGGGCGUACAUGGUCAGCACCCUCGACCCGAUGGUCGAGUGCACGCACAUCGCGGCCGACAACCCGUACUACUACGUCUGCCUCGAGGGCAAGUUCUCGCGGCGGUGCCACCCGGACUACCUGGCGCCCAAGGCGCACGCACGCCUCGCCCGGUCUGGUGCUCUGGACAACCUGCGCAUCCACACGGACGAGAUGGACGAGGUGCUCGCGCGCAUGACGCCCGGCACGCUCACCGUCGCCGUCGUCAUGGACAGCAUGGACUGGUUCGACCAAAACUCCAACGCGGCGGCGGCGCAGAUCACGAAGCUCAACCGCGCGCUCAAGAUGGGCGGACGCGUCCUGCUGCGCUCGGCUGGCCUGCGGCCCUGGUACCUGAAGGAGUUUGAGAGGCAUGGCUUUGUGUCGAGGUGCGUGGGGUCGCGUGAGGGCGGCAAGUGCAUUGAUCGGGUUAAUAUGUAUGCUUCGUGCUGGAUCUGCACCAAGAGGGAUAAUCUGGCGCCGCCGACUCCGGACUUGGAUUCUAUGGUCGGGGCUGAUAUCGCGAGUCUGGAGAUCUGA